CUCCUUUCGAAGCUGACUCUACGUUAUUUUUAGCUUUUUUUCCCACCAUGGAGCUAUAACAUUAAAUUACUAAGACACAGAUACAACUGUUUUUUCUUUUCAUUUUCUUAGUUGGGUCGCCGGAACAUCAAGAUUCCGGUAACCCUCUGAAGGAAAGGAAUCAUUUUGUAUAUACAUAGAGUUCUUUCCUGUCGCCGGGAAAUAAACAAAGGUGAUGAUAAAUGGCAAAGGGUCGGAAACUGACCAAUAGUAGAAGCGAAAUGUUAUUAGGAAACUACAGCUACAGAAAUGGAAGUGAAACAGUCAAUGGUUCCUCAGAACUAGGAGAAGAUGAUGUCUGGUCAACGAUUGAUGACAUGGUCAACGGGAAUGAUCACGGCUCCAGGGGCGAGUGGAGUCCACGCGCCACCGCAGAUAGUAACGGUAGCUUUGGUGGAUUUGUCAGCCGCAAGCAGCCAGUCCCAAGAGCUGACCACCACAGCCGCCGUCGUCAGGUGGGGGGCUUGUCAUUGGCGUUUGAUGAUUCAGGUAAAAUGGCAUCUUCUCGGAUCUUGCACCAGUUUCGCGGACAAGACGCGCCAUCCCCACGUGCAUGCCACAUGGCCACCUCGGCCCCAGUGAAUGUCCCUGAUUGGUCCAAGAUAUACCGAGUUAACUCAGUCGAGUCAUUGCACGACUCGGAUGGAGGCGUCGACGAUCACGACUCGGAGAUGGUUCCGCCGCACGAAUACCUUGCUAGGAGCCGAAACUCGGCAUCCCACUCGGUGUUUGAAGGCGUUGGACGAACGUUAAAGGGUCGAGAUUUGAGUCGGGUCCGAGAUGCUGUAUGGAGUCAGACCGGGUUUGAUGGCUGAGUUCAUCAAUGAAUUAGUAAUUGAUUUUGAUUAAACAGUUCUAUAAGUAGUAGCUGUUGGAGAAAAAAGAGGCAAUUUGCUAGAUAAAUUUUUGGUCCUUGGGCAAUGAUUCAGGUUGAAUGAAUACAAACUCAGUGAGUCAAUCAGCUGGGAUUGAGUCCAAGUUUAAUUAAUCUAUUGUUUUUUCUUAUUACUUUUUAUUGAUAUAAUCCCUCUAUUUGAUAUGUACUUUUACUAUGGUGGAUUUUAGCAAAAUGUUCUUUUGUCAUUUUCAGACGUCAAAUAUGGUGAAAUAUUGAGUGCAAAGGAUGUUGUCCCACUGAAUAGUGACCGGAUAAAGCUAAUAAAUUUCAGGUCUUCAUCACC